AUGAGAUUGCCUUCUUUGCUGGCCGCGGCCCUUCUGUGGCCCUAUCAGGUCAGGGCCGCAGCCGUUUUUGCGCACUUCAUGCUGAUGAACGCGGAAAACUACACGAUGGCCGACUGGCAAACAGACAUCCAAGCCGCCCAAGACGCUCACAUUGAUGCGUUUGCGCUGAACAUGGCUGUUGACUCGAGAGUUGCUGAAAUUCUGCCAACUGCUUUCCAGGCUGCCCACGACAAGCAUUUCUCAUUGUUCUUUUCCUUUGACUACGCCGGGAACGGUCCGUGGAAAGCAGGUGACGUGGCCGCGCUCCUGGAGCAAUACACGGCCUCGCGCGUGUAUUACCUGCACAAAGGGCAAUAUCUUGUGUCCACAUUCGAGGGCCCUGCGCAUGCAGAGGACUGGAUCGAUUUGAAGCAACAGUACAAUGUCUUUUUCGUCCCUGACUGGUCUUCCAUUGGUGCCAAGCCAGCGUCGCAAUUGGGUGGUGGCGUGGCAGAUGCUCUCUUUAGUUGGGCAGCUUGGCCAUGGGGUCCACAAGAUAUGGAUACCUAUACUGAUGCCUCCUAUUAUCAGUAUCUAAACGAGUCUGGAUCAAAGCCAUAUAUGAUGGCUGUUUCGCCCUGGUUCUUCACUAAUCUGCCCGGUUAUGACAAGAACUGGCUUUGGAGGGGCGAUGAUUUGUGGUACGAUCGCUGGGUCCAGGUUUUUUACAAUCAGCCUGAAUUCGUGGAGAUUAUUUCUUGGAAUGACUAUGGCGAGUCUCACUAUAUUGGACCCCUCUACGACCAUGCCAUGGAGGCCUUCAGGAUUGGAAAGGCCCCCAGUAAUUUUGCCAAAGACAUGCCCCAUGAUGGUUGGCGAUUGUCUCUGCCAUUUCUGAUCGACAUGUACACAAGAGGAACGGCUACGGUGACCGAAGAAAACAUCGUCACCUGGUAUCGUCUCUCCCCUGGUACAGCCUGCGAUAGUGGCACCACAGGGAACACUGCCAGCCAACUGCAGGUGGAAUUUGCCCCUAGUCAGAUUGUGCAAGACCGCGUGUUUUACUCUGCUCUUCUGAUCGAGCCUGCAACGGUGACAGUCAGCAUCGGAGGCGUCGUGCAGGAAGGCUCAUGGACCUGGGCUCCGGAUGGAAAAGUUGGAAUUUACCAUGGCAGUGUUCCUUUUACGGGAACAGGAGAGGUUAUUGUGACCAUCUCCCGCGACGGAACUCAGCUUGCCCAAGUAACCGGCAGAGCCAUCUCGUCCGCUUGUACGGAUGGGCUCUUUAACGCUUGGGUUGGGAGUGCAACAUCCCCCGCCGCUGUUUCCGCAAAGCCGCCGUUAUCGGUCUCGGAGCAGGCCUGUAUCAACGGAACCGGUGCAUACAACUUUGCUGGUCUCUGUGACUUUGCUUGCUCCUAUGGCUACUGCCCAGUGACAGCAUGUACGUGCCGGCAAAUGGGCAAGCCCCUGACGGCUCCCAAUUCCACGGGCGUCAUCGGAUAUCCCAUCGCAGGCGAGGAUGCCAGUUAUUCUGGCCUCUGCGCAUUCAACUGCAACUUGGGAUAUUGUCCGAGCUCCGCUUGUGGGACCGAGCAAGUCCCUCUGGUUAUCCCCACCGUCUCCGAUUUCGCACCUCCUGCAUGUGUUGCAGGCACUGGAUCGGGUGCUCUUACCGGCCUCUGUAGCUUUGCGUGCAACUACGGCUUCUGCCCAAUGCAUGUUUGCACCUGCACUGCCCAGGGUGGCUUGGUACCAGCCCCGCCCACUACAGGCACCGGAGGUGCUCCUGUCGAUGGGCUGGAGGACCACGGUCUUUGCAAUUUUGUGUGUAGCCAUGGGUAUUGUCCGGAAGGCGCCUGUGUUGAGACCGGCAGUAAGAGCUCCGGCGAGGUCUAUGUUCCUCCGAGCAUCUGGGAUAACGCAGAUCCCAAGGUUCAAUGCAUCCCACCAUGCAAGAUCAUUUUACCCCCGUUCCCACUGGGCUCGACGACGACGAUUCAGUUCCCUUCCAUGGUCAGUUCUGUCUGGACAAGGUCAGGCACCUCGACCGGCACAAAGACCACCAUUCUCAGCGUCCCAUCGCUGGUCACCGAUAAGGUUCCCUUUUGGCCCGUUGUCAUCGGUGCCGAUACCUCCCCGACUGGAUUUUAUCCCCUUCAAAGCUUCAUGCCGGAGUCGUCGGAGCUUGUCCUUUCGGGCGACGAAGCUCCCUUCUCGCCAGUACCAUCGGGCAGCGCAACGCCGGCACCCGUCUUCCCAGGGGCCCCUUACACUAUUACUUACCAGCCCCAGGCCACGAAGUCGGUUUCAUUGAGCGUGAAUGUUCCUUCUGUUACCUGGUCGAGCGCUAGUCCAACUGCAACCUGUACCAGCGGCUGUGGUACCGACAGUUGCAAACUUUUUGGUGGAUGCGACGCGACAGACCCAAUCGAUGAUUGUGGUCUCUACGGCUGUGGAGGAGGAUGCAGCAUUCAAAGCUGUGACCAGUCCUGUGGCGUCGCUUGCUCUACCGACCAACAUCAUCUUGGCACCGAUAGCACCGGCAGCAGUGGAGGUGGUGGCGGCGGCGGCGGAGGGAGCGAUAGUGGAAGCAGCAGCAGUGGUGGGAGCGCCAAUGGCCAGCAGGCAAAUCUCCCCAUGGACUACGACGGGCCAAACGGCCUCGCUAAUGGCAAGUGGAAUCCGACGCCCAUCCGUGUUGAAGAUGCCGCGGCAGUCACGAGCGGAAUGUCCGCCAUUAUGGCUCAAGGGACGCCGUGUUUCGAGUCCGCUCUGUCACUUUUGUCUGCCUCGCAAACGGUCCCGGCUGAUCUGUAUUCUACGGUCCAUGCCUCCGCAACUUUCCUCAAGCAGUCCAUGUCUACUCAAAUCAGUGAUCUGAAGGAUAAGAUCAAAGCUGCGGAUUCACAAAACUUCGAAGCGGUCACUUCAUGGUUUGACACCUGGCAGCACGAUUUCGACGUCCGGGUUGACUCGAUGAUUCAAGGCAUUGAGAAGCCCCACGCUGAAAUCGAAUUGCAAGUAGGACUUGGAAGAGCAAAAGUCGACGUCGACAUCUUCAGCGAAGCAGCGAGCAUUCAAGCCAAUGAAGAUAUAUGCGAGAUUAACCCAAGUAUGGGCUCUAGCAGUCAUCCCAUUUACCGAAAGCGUGCAAUUCCACCCUCAUGCGCACCAGACUGGCAAGGGAACCCGGGCGAGCCUUCCAAUGCAGCUAAAGUACCGGAAUGGAUUGGCUGCGACACGCGAUUUGGUUUUGAGUACGCCAGCAGCGCCGACAUUCUCGGUGCGAUGAAGCAGGGAAUAAAAUACUUCCUCUCCAAUGCGAGGGGCUCCCCCCGCCCUGAUCAACCGAUCUGGCAGACAGCCGCAAAGGCCGCAUAUCCCCACAUCUACAGCAAUAGCGACAAUAUUGUCUUCUCCGACGAAUGCAUGAACGCCGGAACCGACUAUACUGGAUUUAUUGAGUUUCCUAUCAUGCCAGAUGGGAGCAUCUUGGAGGCUGGACGAAACUCUCGUAUUGACGUUGGUGUACAGCGUGUUGUGUUCAAGGCCAAGGCGAACAGAGACCACACCAAAACUGAUUGGGGUUAUCUCUAUUGUGGUGUGAUGAGCCAUUUCACAAAUCUCCUAGAGACGCACAUCAUCGAUGGUGAGCCGAGGAGGGUUUUGCCUUUCAAGCUCUGCGAGGCCGCUUGCUCAUCUGACCUGGUUGGGCAAUGCAGCUGGAUGUGGACUUGA